GGGUAUCAGAGGCUCUGGCCAUAUCGGUCAUAUAUUUCCCACAAGCCAUUGAAAUUGAUUCUCGCAGCUCUUGGUGCCGGGCCCUUUCAAGGAUUGAUUCUUUUCUGGGCCCGAAAACAUCGGGAGCAUCAUCGCUAUACUGAUACCGAACUUGACCCUUAUAGAGUUAACAAGGGUCUUCUUCAUGCACAUAUAUUGUGGACCUUAAUCAAGACACCAAGUAAAACUCGCCAUGUGGAUGUUUCUGAUCUUCAAGAAGUCCCAAUCGUGGUUUUUCAGGAUAGAUAUUACGCACCGAGUGCCAUUAUAAUGGGUUGGGUGUUUCCAGUACUCGUUGCUGGUUUUGGUUGGAAUGAUUGGGUUGGAGAAUUUAUAUACACAGGAAUCCUACGAGCGUACCUUGCAGCAUUCUGUGUCAACUCCCUUGCGCAUUACGCGGGAGAACAACCGUGCGGUGAUCAACGCAGCGCUCGUAACCACUGGAUCUUUCACCACGAAUUCCCAUCCGACUAUCCCACUGGUAUUGAGUAG